GAAGCGCACAUGUUGUUAUGGCGAAUCACGUUUAUGUACUACAAUCUAAAUCAUAUAUUUACGAAGGAUAUGCCACUAAUUGUUCCACAAGCACAGAGAUAAGAGAAAAAGUGAUUCGAUUCAAAAGUUACGAUGCAUUAUUUACGGUUAUGUGUAUCGUGAAGAGCUGGAGGUUUCCUAGAAUGAAGAUAUUAAAAUAGGUUUACAAGCUGUCGACAAAAGAAUACCAAGAUAAUCAUCUGUGCUUAUAACAGAAAACGAAGUCACCAACUUCUUAAUGGCCAUUGGAAGUGUUCUAAGUCGACGGCGCUUGCUUCCACGAUUAUUGGUCUUCAUUAUUAUAGCUUCUAUUAUAAAACUGUUACUGGAUAGCUCAUUUUGGAAAUUGACACUAAAAAAACAUCCUUUACAGGMCAGAAUUCAUAGAUUCCCAAGUGCACCAAUAAAAACUGAAAAUGAAACACAURCAGUAGGCAAAGUUAAUGUUGAUAUUUGGAGAAAGAUGUGCACACUCAACUUCAACAGUUUAAGACAAUUUCCUUUGUUUCCGCUUUUCCCAAGCGAGAGGAAGUACCUGACGAUACAAGAUUCCUUUCGGGUUGACAUCAAGGGUGAAUGGACUUCAGUGCGUAUUAUGGGAUAUCUUCAUCCACCAAAGACGGGGUACUAUUUUUUCAAUUUACGMUCGCCUUUCUUGUCUCAGUUAUGGCUAAGCAACACAAGUGAACCAGGAAAURCUAGUAAAAUAGCUUAUACCUCAUUCAAUGUAGUCAAUAAUAUUAUAUUCAACAUAGGGAAUUCUAAGGAUCUUUCAGAACAGGUUUUCYUGGAGGAGGACUCAAAGUACUACUUUGAAAUAUUACAGGCUGUUAAUGACCCCCCUGWUCAUUUCCAUGUAAAUAUGCAUCAUCUUGUGAUGUACUGGAUGCUACCAGACAGUARRUAUUUCAUCAAAAUUGAAGGCAGCAAAGUAUCUCCUUACUUUAAUGUGUCAUCAUUUUACAAAACUCCAGAAUCUUCCGCCACAAAAAACAUAUUACCAAGCCUUGAGCUUUCAGAACAAGAGGACAUUGCUGUUGGAAAAGURUUUCACUUGAAUGAAAACAGAACUGCAGAGAGCAAARAGCCUGUAUUCAGUUUAAARCAACCCUACAUUAAAGAUUUAUUGGGAAAAYACUUGGACUUAAAUGGCACUGAAUAUAACCGAGAAACUGUGGUCACUUUGCCUUUUUUGGGUAAAUCUAGAGAUGACAUUGCUAAAGCUUUUGAAAGUUGUAUUUAUAAUCCAGCUUAUAAAAAAGGAAAAACUAUAAAACGAUAUGAGGGAGUCUGGUCAACUUUUUUCCCUUCCAUUUUCCCCAGUGAUGGGAGUAGUUUGGCCAAUUUUAAAAUGCCUCCCAGGCAUGGCUACAGUGAAAUGAUCUAUGGCAACAAUAUUUUGAAAAAGAAAGAUGUUAUAAAGCUCAUGAAAAUCUUUAUGGACAAAUUGAACAGAGUUUUGCCAAGGAAAUACACYUUGAACAGUAUCAUCAGCAUUGAGAGAUUUAAGUCACAGCUCACUGAAGGAGAAAAAUACCUCAUAGAAUUAGUCCUACGUCRUCAUUCGAACAACAAACUAUACCGCUUUUCAAAGUACUUUUUAAUACGCCAAAGACAGAACCAAACAAGAWUGUGUUUACUUCAGAACCUUCAAUGGAAUCCUACAGCUUGGGUGAAUGUUAUUUUAAAUGUUAAGGGCCAAGCGGGCUGGAUUCUAUCAUUYAUUCAAGAAAUGGCAAGAAUUUUGAAGCAGUCACAUGAUGAAUAUGUAAAUUUUGUCAUUGCUGAUUAUGGUAAUGAGGGGAUUGAUGUUGCCAAAGAAAUGAAAAGGCAUGGCAUAAAAACCUUUAACGUUUUUAAGAAGACAGGAUUGUUUCAYAAGACAUCUUCUAUUAAUAUGGCUGCUAGCAAAGUCAAAGAUCCGAACAGCAUURUUUUAUUGAUGGACCUACACCUGAGCUUUCCACCAAAUAUAUUUGAAACUGUUCGAAAGCAUACUAUUCAAGGCAAGACAGGAUUCUCUCCAAUACUGAUGAGACUUCAUCAUUGUGGACGUCCCAAAACAAGGCAUGUCUAUUCGCACGGCUAUUACGAGCCAAAUGGCUUCGGGAUUUUUGCCACUUACAAGUCAGACUGGGAUACCUUUGGUGGAAUGAACGAGCGAGAAUUCAAGAAUAAGUGGGGAGGAGAGGACUGGGAAAUGGUCGAUAGAGUCUUGAUGAAUGGGUAUGAGAUUGAGAAACUGAGACUUCCGGGAUUUUACCACUACUACCAUGACAAAGUGGGAAUGUGGAAUUAAUAUGGAAGAAAUAUUGAGGAAAUACGCUCUUCAACGUACUGUCAAACCAUUAACGUUCAAAUUCAUUUGCUUAAAAAUGUUUUAAAAUAGUUGAGUUUCGCGAUCUCUUUUACGCUGUGUUAGCCUCAAUUCUAAGCAAAAUAUUCAUAAAUUUUGAUAAAACUCGUGAAAUUUCAAACUAUUUUCAUCGUCUUCUCAUACUCACCGCGGAUCUCUUGCAUUUGCACGGAUUUUUAGUGAAUAAAAGAAUUUAUUACAUAGUUUUGAGGCGAACACAGCGUAAAAGAGAUCGGGUUUAUUCCCGUGAAGGAUUUUGAUUUACAACUCCACAUAUCGAAUUAAAUAUUAUUGGCAUUGCAAAUGAAUGUUUGCAGUUUUAUGUUGAAUACUCUUUCAAAGAAUUUAAAAAUAUGAUAUAUAUGUCAUUUACCGGCUGGGAGGUCCGUAUAGGAAAACACACUGCACGAGGUAGAUAGACGAGUGAAGGUAUCCUUGUAUACAUUCUUUUACUGUACAAGGUCUUGACAGUAUGGAACGAGCGCAGCGAGGUCCGUACAUAAAAGACCGAGGGCAGUGUUUUCCUAUACGGACCGACCUA